GAUAGAUCCCCGACAAGCCCCCACAAUGUUAGGGUCCAGAAUCUAAAGGACGAGGCGAACACGGCGUUUGAGUGUAAAAAACAGAGCUUGAGUUUAUUUGCGCGAAGGAAAACGGAGAGGCCGUCCAGGGCUGCUCCCCGCUGGAAAGCGACCCCGAUUACAUCUGUGGGGUCACAGUUAUAGUAAAAGCAGGUAGAUACAAAACUGGUUAGUCUAGGGGGUUACUUGAUAUCUAUAGGUCGUGUUAUAUUCUGAUAUUCCACGCUGUCUCUACCUGACCGUUUGCAUAUGUUGUAAUUUCUUAAUCUGUACAUUGUUCCAGGAUGCGGUGCCUCCUUCCAGGACGUGUGCUCUGCAUAAACAGUUUCUAGUAUCCCCCCCCUUAUCUCUAUCUAACGUCUGCUUGUUAUAGUUUAACCAGCUUUGCCCAGUCUUUCCAAGGCCCUUUCAGAACGGCCCUCACGCUUUGAGGCGUCUUCCAACUCAAACCCUUCUAUGAUUCCGUGGGCAUCGCUCCAAGGUGGCUCGCAGCCUUUUCACUGAGGAAACCUGCCCUGGGAGCAGCGCCCCUGCACUCCUCGGAGGCGCUGGAGGCCGCGCUGGUCCGGCCGAGCCGCCCCUGCCCUGACGGGGGUGGCACUGGGAGGUACCCCCCGAACCUCGCGCUCCCGGCGGCCCCCGCGAGCCCCGCGCCUGCGCCGCCGCGGACAAAAACGCUGCCGGGAGAGGGGCCGCAGCGGGGCCCGAGGAGCCGCCGUGGCUGCGCGGGGGGAGGAAAAUGGCCCAGACUACCACACCAGCAACAUCCAUCUGCGAUGAGGACCACUCUGAAAGCAGAAUGGUGGUUACAUUCCUCAUAUCAGCGCUUGAAUCAAUGUGUAAAGAACUUGCCAAGUCCAAGGCAGAAGUUGCCUGCAUUGCUGUAUAUGAAACAGAUGUGUUUGUGGUUGGAACUGAGAGAGGAAGAGCCUUUGUCAAUUCUAGGAAUGAUUUCCAGAAGGAUUUUCUUAAAUACUGUGUUACAGAAGAGGAGAGGGCUGCAGAACUGCAGAAAACAAAGCCAGUAGCACCCGCAAACAGGCUGACAGUGGAUAUGGUGGAACUUGAAGCUCUCAGGAAGUCUGUGGAGGACUUUUUCUGCUUAUCCUAUGGUAAAGCUUUGGGAAAGUCAACGGUGGUACCUGUGCCAUACGAGAAGAUUCAGAGGGACCAGUCUGCUGUGGUGGUGCAGGGCCUGCCCGAAGGGCUGGAGUUUAAGCACCCGGCAAACUACAACGUUUCAACCCUGGAAUGGAUUUUGGAAAAUAAGUCAGGGAUCUCAUUUAUCAUCAAAAGGCCUUUCCUAGAGCCGAAGAAACACCUUGGAGCUCAUAUGACAGAUCCUUCACAUUCAAUUAUACCUCCAGGUGGAAGUUGCCCUCCUAUUCAAGUGAAAACCGAACCAAACGAGGAUUCUGGAAUUUCUUUGGAAGUGACAACAGUAACGGUGAAGAAGGAAUCAGAUGAUCCUGACUAUUAUCAGUAUAAUAUUCCAGGCCCUUCUGAAAUAUCGGAGAUGGAUGAAAAAAUUGCCCUUGCAAAAAGUUACACAGAUUCCUCCCAGCAUGCCCCUUCAGAAACAAGUGAGGAUCCUGAGGUCGAAGUCACCAUCGAAGAUGAUGACGACUACCCACCCCCUAACAAAAGAUCGAAGAGCACCGAUUCAGCCAAUGAAGCUGCCGGUACUGGGAGAAGAAAAGUGAGAGAGUUCAAUUUUGACAAAUGGAAUGCGCGAAUCACAGACUUGAGACAGCAAGUUGAGGAGCUGUUUGAAAAAAAAUACGCUCAAGCGAUAAAAGCACAAGGUCCAGUGUCUAUUCCAUACUCACUCUUCCAGUCACAUGUGGAAGAUUUCUAUGUGGAAGGAUUGCCAGAAGGAAUUCCCUUCAGGCGGCCAUCAACAUAUGGAAUUCCCCGUCUUGAGAGGAUACUUCUAGCAAAGGAGCGGAUUCGAUUUGUGAUUAAAAAGCAUGAGCUUUUGAACUUGAAACGAGAAGAUGUACCAUUGGACAAUCUGGAUGCAGGAGAUUCCUCCCAGCAUGCCCCUUCAGAAACAAGUGAGGAUCCUGAGGUCGAAGUCACCAUCGAAAAUGAUGACGACUACCCACCCCCUAACAAAAGAUCGAAGAGCACCGAUUCAGCCAAUGAAGCUGCCGGUACUGGGAGAAGAAAAGUGAGAGAGUUCAAUUUUGACAAAUGGAAUGCGCGAAUCACAGACUUGAGACAGCAAGUUGAGGAGCUGUUUGAAAAAAAAUACGCUCAAGCUAUAAAAGCACAAGGUCCAGUGUCUAUUCCAUACCCACUCUUCCAGUCACAUGUGGAAGAUUUCUAUGUGGAAGGAUUGCCAGAAGGAAUUCCCUUCAGGCGGCCAUCGACAUACGGAAUUCCCCGUCUUGAGAGGAUACUUCUAGCAAAGGAGCGAAUUCGAUUUGUGAUUAAAAAGCAUGAGCUUUUGAACUUGACACGAGAAGAUGUAUCAUUGGACAAACCGGAUGCAGGAGUGAAGGAGGAGUGGUAUGCCAGAAUCGCCAAACUAAGAAAGAUGGUAGAUCAGCUCUUCUGUAAAAAGUUUGCCGAGGCCAUGGGGAGCACUGAGCCUAAAGCUGUUCCAUACCAGAAAUUUGAGGCCCAUCCUGCAGAGCUCUAUGUUGAAGGGCUGCCAGAGAACAUCCCCUUCAGGAGUCCCUCCUGGUACGGAAUCCCUCGCCUGGAAAAAAUAAUUCAAGUGGGAGACAGAAUAAAAUUUGUCAUCAAAAGGCCGGAGCUGCUAACUAUCACCUCAACUGAAGUUAUUCAGACCAAGUCAAACACCCCAGUCAAAGAAGAUUGGAACAUUAGGAUCACAAAGCUAAGAAAGCAAGUGGAAGAGAUAUUUAAUACAAAGUUUGCCCAAGCUCUGGGGCUUUCAGAGGCAGUGAAAGUUCCCUAUCCCGUAUUUGAAUCAAACCCUGAGUUCUUGUACGUCGAAGGCUUGCCAGAAGGAAUCCCUUUCCGGAGUCCUACCUGGUUUGGAAUUCCACGCCUUGAAAGAAUUGUCCGUGAGAGUGGCAAAAUCAAGUUUGUUGUCAAGAGACCUGAGCUUGUCACUUCAUACUUGCCUCCAGGACUGGCUAGUAAAAUAAACACUAAUGCAAUGAGCUCAAAGAGUUCAAAAAUGUCUCAAAGUCCUGCAGGCAAUUCAAGUGUCCCAGAGAUUGAAGUUACUGUUGAAGAAGGUCCUAAUAAACCACCAACAACGGAUGUUCGAACUACUUCUCAAACCAAUGGGUCCAAUAUGGGUUUCAAGCCACGAGGAAGAGAGUUUUCUUUCGAAGCGUGGAAUGCCAAAAUUACUGACUUAAAGCAGCGAGUCGAAAAUCUUUUUAAUGAAAAAUGUGGGGAAGCGCUGGGGCUGACUGAACCAGUGAAGGUGCCAUUUGCAUUGUUUGAAUCCUUCCCGGAGGUUUUCUACGUGGAAGGGCUUCCUGAGGGGGUGCCAUUCCGCCGACCUUCUACUUUUGGAAUUCCGAGACUAGAGAAGAUCCUGAGAAACAGAGCUAAGAUAAAAUUCAUUAUUAAAAAGCCUGAGAUGUUUGAGGCAGCUGUGAAGGAAAACUCUGCUAGAAGCCCCCAAAGGAAAAAUAACUCAUCUAAUGUGGCCAAUACAGCAAGCACCAUGACAAACACAGUGGUGAACACGGCUGCAGGGGUUGAAGAUCUUAACAUCAUUCAGGUAACCAUACCAGAUGAUGAAAGUGAGCGGCUGUCAAAAGUAGAGAAGGCCAGACAAUUGAGAGAGCAAGUAAAUGAUCUUUUUAGCUGGAAAUUUGGUGAAGCCAUUGGCAUGAAUUUUCCCGUGAAAGUCCCCUACAGAAAAAUCACCAUCAACCCCGGCUGUGUGGUGGUGGAUGGGAUGCCUCCUGGCGUGAUGUUUAAAGCUCCCAGUUACCUGGAAAUCAGCUCGAUGAGGAAGAUUUUGGAAUCAGCAGAGUUUAUCAAAUUCACUGUUGUUCGACCAUUUCCAGGACUUGUGAUUAACAAUCAGCUGAAGGAAAAAGCCGAAGCAGAAGCACCGCCACCAGCAGCAGCACCAGCACUGCCAGAGCCAGCUGACCCAAGCCCAAUAGAAGUGUCUGUAGGAGAUAUUACAGAAACAGAAGAAAGUCCUAAAAUAAAGCAAGAACCAGACCCAACAUGGUAGAGCUCCUCAAUACUGGGCAGAAGCCCUCAGUUCUGAGAAGAGCCUGCGGGACUGUCCUGAGCUGUGUAAUAUACCUGUAUAAGAGAAGUACCUUCUAUACAAACCCUUUUUGUACUUUUAGAUAGAAAUGUCUACUUUUUCAACAGUUCUGUGAAUUGACUUAAAGCAAAGAAUGACUGUAGAUUUGGAAUGGCUGGUUUUACUUUGGAAUAUAUUAUCAGGACUAAAUUUGAUGCAGCAGUGCUGGCGAGACGAUGGGGAUGAAAAUCAACAGAGACUUAACAGAGGCUGUCUACAUUUCCCGAUACAGCAGGAUUUCACCACAGCCGAAUGCAUCCCAGCUUUUUUAAUGAAGAAACAUUCCUGCGAGUAGUUCAGUUUUUUAGUUUUACUUUGGGUCAGUUUUGUUUCUUACUCCUUUGGUGGCUGAUUGGACAAUAGUAUCUGUAUAUUUGAACUAAUCUUUCCGACAGUAUCAAUCACAAUUCAUAUGUUUUUCAUAAAUAAAAGCUAAACUGGUUCACUUGACCGUUAGUACGCAUUAAUGAGAUGGACUGUGGAAUGGCCAGUGUUCCAGUGUGUGGAUUAGGAACCAAUUUAAAUUAAACCCUGGUAUAGUUUGUUCUGCUAAUUCAAAGUAGUAAGUGCAUGUUUUAUUGGAAUAUCCUGUGGUUUAUCUAUGGUGGGUCUGAUCUUGCAGUCCUGACGUAGACAAAACUCAUGUGAGCAUCAGAGACCACUUUUCUCCUGCAAGCUCAGGGGGAAACACCCCUCCGUUUCAUCCAGUUAUGAAAUAUAUGCUGCGAGCUGCUGUAAGGCCUACGGUGUCAAAAGUUGAGUCUUCUGUAGUCCUGGUUACUCCCCACAUCAUGUAAGAGACUCGUGUGUGCAUUCCUUUCAAGUUUCACAAACAAUAAGAGAUGUAAGUUCUGGCUGUAUGGUAGUAUCUGUAGAGAAGAUAAUUGUAAAGGUUUCUCUUCUAUUGCCAUGAGUUUGGGGUGACUGCAUUAUGCACAAGUGGUAAACUUUAUUCCAUGAUCAAGAAAUAAAGACCUAUCUGAUGGUUUCUACGACUGUGCAUGCAGCAUACAUUUACAUAUUUUACAACAAAUCGACUUCUAGCAGGAAUCCUGUGAGCAGUAGAAUGUGCUGUAG